AUGUUGACCAUCUCAAACACGCCCUCCAGCACAGCCAAGAUCCUCACCGGCAGCAAUAUGAACCCUCGCGUCCGCAAGGCCGAGUACGCCGUCCGUGGUGAACUCGCCAUCCGCUCCGAAGCGAUCAAAGUCGAACUUGCUAACGGAGGUUCCUUCCCUUUCCAGCGGGUGGUCGGUUGCAAUAUCGGAAACCCCCAGGCCCUGGACCAGAAGCCCAUCACCUUCUUCCGUCAGGUUGCUUCGUUGGUGGAAUAUCCAGAUCUGCUCAAGGACGAGAACAGGGAGAUCGCCUUGAAGCUCUAUGCCAGCGAUGCGAUUGACCGCGCCAAACUCCUCCUCGCCAACAUCGGAUCCAUCGGUGCCUACUCACAUUCCCAGGGUAUUCCCUUGAUCCGGGAAAACGUAGCCCGGUUCAUCUCCGACCGCGAUGGAUUCCCCGCAGACCCCUCAAAGAUCUUCUUGACACAGGGCGCCUCGGCUGGAGUCCAGCUCACGCUCCAGAUGAUUGUUGAGCACCCCAACGUCGGUAUCAUGAUCCCUAUCCCUCAGUACCCUCUCUAUACUGCGACUUUGGCUGUUCUGGAUGCCAAGCCGGUGCCUUACUACCUUGACGAGUCCAAGGCAUGGGGUCUCACUACUGACGAGCUUCAAAGAUCGUAUGACGAGGCGGCCAAGAACAAAAUCGAAACAAGAGCUCUCGUCAUCAUCAACCCCGGCAACCCCACAGGACAGUGCCUUUCAGAGGAGAACAUGCGGGAGAUUGUCGAGUUCUGCAAGAAGAACCGAGUGAUCCUGUUGGCGGACGAGGUCUACCAAACCAACAUUUACCAGCCCGAGCAGCGCCCCUUCCACUCGUUCAAGAAGGUGUUGAAGUCGAUGGGUGCCGAAUACGAGGGUUUUGAGAUGAUCUCGUACCACUCGAUCUCCAAGGGUAUGAUUGGCGAGUGCGGUCGUCGCGGUGGCUACUUUGAGUGCGAGGGCUUGGACCAGUCGAUCAUGAAUGAGAUUUACAAGAUCUCGUCGAUCUCACUCUGCCCCAACGUCCAGGGCCAGAUCAUGGUCGACUUGAUGGUCAACCCUCCCAAGAAGGGCGACCCCUCGUAUGAUCUCUACAAGCAGGAAUACGACGCCAUCUACUUUUCGCUCAUCAAGCGUGCCAAGAAGCUCGAGGAGAUGUUCAACAGCCUCGAGGGAUGCACUUGCAACUCUGCCGACGGCGCCAUGUACCUCUUCCCCCAGGUUCGUCUCCCCAAGAAGGCCAUUGCUGCUGCCGAGGUUGCUGGCAAGGCUCCCGAUCAGUUCUACUGCCUGGCGCUGUUGGAGGCGACGGGAGUCUGUAUGGUUGCUGGGUCUGGAUUCGGACAGGUUGAGGGCACUGCUCACUUCCGAAGCACCUUCUUGCCCCAGCCUGAGUUGUUUGAUGGGUUCUGUGCGGGGAUUACAAAGUUCCAUGCUGGCUUCAUGGACAAGUACAGGGAUUAG